CUCUUAUCAGCUUUCCUUUGUUGAAGCGCAUGGAGCAGCCAUGCCACGAUGGUCAGCGGUUUCGCAAGCUGGUGCCAGUUCUAUCAGUUCUAUCGACAUCCUUUCCCAGACUCAGGUAUAUGUCUUGUGCAUCCCAUCGCGGAAAGAACACGCUGCAUCGCUCAUGACCAGAUGGGGAUUCCACGCUCAGCUUGUAGAUGGACCUGACAAAAGCUCCUUCGAUCUGCAACGCUUGAUCUCCGCCGGUGUGGUGCUGCCUGAAUACUUAGACGUUGUUUGGCAGGAUGUUGAAUAUUUUCCUGAGGGCAAAGUUGCCUGUCAUUUAGGACACUUGAACAUUUUGGAGAGAUUCCUUGCUCAGAGAGAGAAACUCUUUGCUUUGAUUUUCGAGGAUGACUUGGAAGCAGGACCAGAGUCUCUUCGUGAGGAUUUGAGCCACUUCCUGUCGCAAGUGCCCCAAGAUUUUGAUUUGCUGCAUCUCGGUUUCGUGCGUGAAAGUCGUGCAGCUCGCCAACCGGUCAAUACAAACGGCUCCGUGUUUCGUUCCGUUGAGGCCUUGGGCCGACAUGCCUAUGUGGUGACCAGAAAGGUGGCAGAGCUGCUGGUUAAGCACACCCUGCCCAUGUACAACCACGGAGAUAAGAUGUUCCAAGCGGUGUAUCACCAGUUUCGUUUGAAAGCCUACCAGCCGGAAGAACCCCUAUUCUUUCAAGAUCGGAUCAAUUUCGAGUCAGAGCUCAGUGAACGCUGGAAGCCUUCUAGAGCGUUCCAGCCAACUGCAGAGGAUGAUGGGAUCCGAUCUUGUGACAGACCGGAGAUGCUACGUCGACAGAAGAUGAAGCAAGCGCAAAGCAGGUGGCCAUGUAGCAACUCAGCCCUCUUCCUGAACGUUGAUGGUGUUCUAAAUAUGGUGGACUCGGCUUUUUCAGUGUCCACAUGUGGAAGGCCAGAGCAAUGUCAUUUGACGAGACUUGCCAAGGUCAUGAAACAGGGCUGUUGCCUUGUUUUGACCAGUCGCUGGCGUUUGGAUGAGCGCUACUGGGGGCGUUUGGCCUCCGCCUUGGUUCGGUCAGGGAUCCCCUGGGCAGCACAGGCCAUGUCUGCAACGCCUGAUGGCCAGGGCCAUGGAGCUGACGAGUUGGAACAGCGGCUCUUGGAGAUCGGAGCGUGGUUGGAGAGCAACACUUGGGUGGACCACUGGGCAAUUGUUGACUGCUGGGAUUUGAUGGGCAUCGAUCCCACCAUUGGAGAACAAUUUGUCAGGACAGAUCCCAAAUAUGGUUUGCUUGAUGAACAUGUGCAGGAGCUGUCAAUGAUUCUGACUGGACUCUUUGGUAGUUUUGGGAUUUCCUGCCCUUGCGUGGUGAGACAUGCAAAGACUGACAUCGAGAUGAUCGACGACGACCGAACACCAUCCGACCCGCCAAGAGAGACAGUGGUUCCUGGCGAGAACGGCUGGUACUUCGCAGGGUUUGUGGGCGCCUUCCCAGCUAUCGCCAGCAACUCGGAACAGCUGACGGCCCCGGUGAACGGCACCCUGGACAGCCUGGCGCAGAGUAAUGCCGAGUUGAGCAGAUACCUUUACAAUGAUGUCAAGGUGUGUGUCAAAUGCGGCCGACCGUGCGCCAAUACCCAGAAGGCAUGUCAGGCAUGCGGAACUAGUCUUGCCGAUGUGCCAGUCACGCAAACGGAGAACGUAAUGAUGGGUUUUAUUUUCGGGGUGGAGCGCACCCUGAAAUUACCCUUGAUGAUCUCGCUCAGAAGGCAAACUGACAACGUCAUUGUCUUUGAUGACCUGCUUGCCAUGUCCAGCUGCCACUUGAAUGCCCUGCUGACCAGUCACUAUUGCCAAGACUGGCGCUGGCUCCUUCGAGAUCCAGUCACAGCGCGAGGCCUUUUGGAUGAAAUGGUGCACGAGGCCUGGCAGGCGACGUUGUCCUUUUGGGCCAACGAGCGAUGGAGGAAGUUUGUCUACAGAGAAGGAGUCACCCCAGAGAUGGUUCGAGAUAACAUCAUUUGUGGUUUCAACUCGCCACCUUCGCAGUUCCAGUUGCAUAUGCAGUGGAUUGUUUUGCCAUUGAUGCCAUUUCACCAUCAGAAGCUGUUUGAUGGACUUCAUGCACAGCGGGGGCGCUGGUUUCCGCUGGAAUAUGUGAGUAAGAUCUUGGAUGUGCUGGUGACUGAAGGCAACACCUUCGAUGUCAAAAGCGAUACAUCCGUGGACGAAAUCAUUCAGUACUUCAACAAAAGAGGUGUGUACUAUGAAGAAGUGUGGGCAGAGCGCUACCAGACAUACUGCAAGAGCUACAGCUUGAGUAACUGGCAGGCGGAGGACUUUAAAUAUGUGGUCUUCCAAGGGAAGGUGCAUGAAAUUCAGGAGGCUCUGCCAGACGGCAGGAUAUGCGUGGGCGAAACGCUCCAGAUUGAUCCAGUAAGCCUCCACCACGAGGACAAGCUGCUCUUGCAGAACUAUGGCCGCCGCAUGGAGAAUGACCGUCCUGGCGGCACGUACUAUAAACAUCACAAAGCCCUGAAGAUCGGCGACGGUGGCAUUAGGAUAUGGCCUGGCCUCGAACGCUGA